AUGUCAAAAAAAAAACAGGUUAUGACAAGCUGGCGAUUUCGCUGGAGAUCGCGUAAAGGAAUUGCUCCCGGUCUCACUGGUAAUUUUGCUGGACAUCGCACUGAUGGUCUAUUUAAAGGUCUCGCUGGAGGUCAUGCUAGAACUCUUGCUGACGGUCUCGCUGGAGAUCACGCUGACGGUCUUUCUAGAGGUUUCGCUGACGGUUUUGCUGAUGAUCACGCUGACGGUCUCGCUGGAGGUCGUUUCGCUAGAAGUUGUGCUAAUGGUAUUGCUGCCGGUCUCACUGGUAAUUUUGCUAGCGAUAACGGUGAUGGUAUCGCUGGAGAUCACGCUGACCUUUUUUUUUAG